AUGGCACUGGCAGAUCUGGUUACAGUAGAGCACGAUGUGGUCCCCUACAUCAUGGAUUGGCCUCAAGUUCCGGCAGACGAUGGCGAGCCCGAAGCGGCCGUCCUUGUGGUGCUGAAAAGGCCUGGAGGGUUCCUAGCUGCGGUUCCGGUUGGUUUCAUGCCCGAAGAGGUUUGGGCCAAUGGCAACAUGGAUCCUCCUCCUGGUGUGGUAGGGCCUUCAACAGUUUUGCGGCUUCCCGGAAUGGUGCUGGACAAUGGAGUUUUGGCGCCCGCCGGGUCUCUCAUGUCGGUCGUUGUAGUCGAUCUGAACGAGAGCGUGGUGGCGCAACUGCGGCCAGUGGAUGCCGGCGAUGCCUACCCCUACACCUUCGAUGCAGAUCAGCCGUUUGCUGUACCUCACCCUCAGCUGCUUAUAACCUCUGCUCGGGAGUGGGCGGAGGCCAGCGGGGAGACUUCUCAUCGGGCCUAUUUGUCGGUGGAGGAGGCCACAGAGGAAGUGCCAGAUCUGGACAUCGGGGAACAAGCAGACGACCCGCCUGUGACACCUCGACCUGCAGUAAGACGCAAAGCAAGAGCUCCAGCGCCUGGGCCAGAGCGGCCUAUCUCAGGCGUAAAGCGGCCCACGGUUGCCACUUUGGCAUCCUCCAUGGGGCAGCUGCUGAUGAUGAACGAAGGCUUCACAAAGAAUCUGGAGUCUCUCACACAGCGCCAAAUUGCGUUAGAGAAGCGCGUGGCCAUCCCAACAGCCCCAGAAGCCGCCUAUCUCUUCGGCAUUGAUGCCACAGACCUCCAGUUUGGGAACAAUAGCUCAGCAGCUUGGUACGCCCCCAAGGACGCUUGGGGAUCUCCUUUGGUGCGCCCCAACGAGCUGCAAGAAUUGGAGGACGAGAAGAGAGAGGGCGGCCAAUCUUCCUCGUCAGAUCCGCUGGCUCAGGCAGUACUGGCACAGUCUCAGGCGCUGACAGCUUUGGUGGCACAAAUAGCUCAGCAGAGCGGCGACCCAAUGGUGGAGCUCAGCACAACUGGAGCUUCAUCUGGAACGCGUGGAGCACAAGGACGAGCCCGGCUUCAAGCAGAGCUUGCGGCGCAGAAGGGAAGCUUCUUCACUUCAGUCUUGGCAGCCAUGUCAAGGCAGAUGUGCCCCACGAUGUCACCGGAGGGCAGCCCUCAGGAACUGAUGGACAGAGGUAUCUGCGGAACCCGUUACCUGGAAAGGUUUGGUGGCUACGGGAAGGUGAGGGAGCUUGGAUGUUUGCAGCAUCAAGUCAUGUCCAUCAUGGAUUGUCUGCAGACGCAGAAUUGGCAAGCUGCUCGGGAUCAGACCGCCCUUUUGGCAGUCACCCUGGAUCAAGCCGCAUUGGACUCUGGCAAGUUCGACCUGGCUCAACUACUUUGCCUACAGGAGGAGCCUCCCUCGACUAUCUUCACAAGUCGCCAGGGCAACAUCCUGGCAAAGCUGCGGGCCUUCUCGCCUUUAGCGGAUCAAAAAUGGGUCACAGUGGCUCUGGCUUAUAUAAAAGAACUGGAUGUGAUCACUUCAAAGCGUCUGGAGCUGACAAGUCAAAGUCGGCAAGGGGCAUUCGGCAACAGCUCAUCGACGGACGCAAGUCCAGGCCAACCCAAAGCAAAGCCUGCGGCGAAGAAGAAAGCCAAGGGAGGAGGAAGAGGAGGCCAAACCCAGCCAGCAGAGAGCAUCAACAAGGCAGAGGUUACCUCCAAUCCUUUGCAAGCUCAGAUCAGUUUUCGCCAAUGGGCGAUCUGUCUGCCUCGUUGGAUUUUGAGGUCGAGGACAACGUUUUCUCACUGCCUUGCCCGUUCUUUUGCUGCCUUGAGCCGAUCUGACCAGACGGCUUCCACAGUUUUUCCACUGCCCCUGCCCUCUCUGGAUUGCUUUCGGAGCAGUGGCCCUGGACUCUCCCAAAAGCGACUUUGGACUUUGGCCAAGAAGCGUCUUCUGAAUAUCUGGACUUUGGUUUUGGAUUUCAUGUUCCUUGGUAGAUGGCCGUCGCUUGAAGAGCUCAGGAGGUCCCCGUCUGUUGAGCAAUGUGCCGUUUUUGACAGGCUGCGGACUAUGAUAGCUGUGUGUGGUGACGCCCGGGAGUUGGUUUCUUUGUGCCCUGGUCGAACCGGCCCUGAACUUGGUUCCAACCUGUUCCAGCUGGAGCGUUUCUGUGAUGUCUGUCCUGAUCUUGCCUCCGGCUAUUUGCAUGGUCCUUGUCGUCCGUUCACCCCAGACCCUGGCCUUUUGUCUGUGAGUGAACACCCUGAGCUUUUGCCCAUCGGUCGCUCGAUGUCGGGAUGCUCUGCCUUGAUGGAUUUUCGCAAUCAGUUUGGUGUCAAGCAAUCUGGUAGGGCUCUGGACUUAGCCCGAGACAGCUAUGAUGCCAGCAGUCUUCUCGGCUCACCUGAGAAGGAUGUCUGUUCAGCCUCGACUCUGAAAGCUGCUGGAGCUGAGAUUAGGUUGGCUCUGUCGGUUUUGUCUCUGCGCGCUGCUGUUCUCCCCGGCGUGUUUGCCACUGAUGCUUCUUCUGCCAAAGGUGCCAUCAUUCAGGCUUUCCGCCGAGCCUUGAGGUUGCUGUCUGCGAGUGAGUGCCUGGAGCCAGACACUGCGGGUCAUGAGUCUGUCCUUGCGAAUGACGUUAUGGUUACGGCGAAGUGGACUUUGGUGAGAGAUUGGUUUUGGAAGAAACCUGGCCAUAUCAAUGUCCUGGAAACCUCUGCUGCAGUGUCCAACCUUGUGUCCCUUUCCUCGCGUCGGUCCUCAGUUCGCUUUUGUCACCUCGUUGACUCUGCUGUUGCGAGAGGAGCUUUAACCAAAGGGCGUUCCCCGUCGCGUGCUCUCCAACCUCUUGUGAGGAAAGCCGGUGCCAUCUGUGUCUGUGGUGAUUUGUAUCCGUCUUGGGGUUACUCUCCCACCAGGCUUAAUGUUGCUGACGACCCCACCCGGGGUAGGCCUGUGAGGUCCGCUUGUGCUGCCUCUUUGGUUCAACACGGUUGCCCUUGGGAUGUACUGAGGCGAGAUGGCAUGCGUGGUCUCCGUCGUUUCUCUGCUAACUGGGCACGUCUUGUACUCCUGGUCAUCCUCAUGCCGAGCUCCGUCGAAGCUUGUGGAAUCUCCUCCACUGGUAUGCCCUGGACUGUCCCUGUCACUGUUGACUUUUGCCAUGGACUUCCGUUUUCAUGCUCAGGCUGGCUGUCUCAGCUCCGUGAGGGAUUUGGCUGGUUUUUGGAUUUUGCCCGCGGCCUUGAUCUCCCUUUUGGCCUUGGUCCGGCCUUCAUUCCCACCUGGAUUUCAGCCGUGGGACUUUUGGUUUUCUGCGUGUCUGUGCUCGGUUUUGUCCUUUGUAAGGGAUCGAGUUUUGCAGAGGGCUGGCACUGCAAUCAUUUCCACAAGGGCAGUCAGAGAGCAAACCAGAGACAAGCGGCGCAUUUACCUGGAAAGGUUCCGCAGCUGGCUCUGGAGUGA